AUGUGCCUCCUCAGCAGACAAAGACUUGGCCUUGGCCUUAAUAUCCUCUGGCUUUGGAAGACUGUCCAGCAAUUUGAAGAUCUUAGGGUAAGAGCUUGCGUCCAAUCCAGGCUCCUUGUUGAGACCCAGGUCAGUCAAGGCCCAACCGAUCGGCCAGAAGACGUGGAUAUCAGCCAGACCAAUCUGGCUUCCAUUGAUGAAAGGUCCAGCGCCGCUCAGGAUCUGCGUCUCAAUCUCAGCCAAGCGGGCCUUGAAUUGAGCCAAACCACUCGGUCUCAAAGUCUUGAUAUCAGAACGUCCAAGGGAAGGGAAGAUCGUCCCGCGAUCUUUGACGAACUCUGGAGUCAAAAUCUCAAGAGGAAUCAACGAGAGGACUUCAGCAAAGAGGUUCACUCCGUACGUCUCGUAGGCCUUGUCUGCUGGGUUUUGCUGGACUUUGCCGAGCUUUGCGAGGAUGAGAUCGAUGAUCUUGGAAGAGUCGACAUAGACAUCCUUGCCGAGGGCGAUGAUUGGAAUUCGACGAUACGUGACACCCAACUUCUCGAGAUCUGGACGUGGAAGCACGGCUGGUGUGUCGACAAUUGCGAAGUCUACGCCAGCGGCAUGCAGAAGAAGUCUAGUCUUCUGCCCAUAUGGGGAGAAAUCGGCGAGGAAGUUAGCUCACACCUCACUGUGAAUGGGGCUGACUGCUUACCAUAGUCGUACUGGAUUACUGUCGCCAUUUUGUAUAUGAUCUGCUCAAGGUGUCUAGUUGUCCUUCGUUCAAAACUUGGAAAACUCCUCCAAAGGAAGUACUCAUGUUGCUUCUUAUCCGGCUCAUGGUGUUUGCCUUUCUACCGAGCUCUAGACCUCACUAGCUUCUAUGAUGUGAUGCCGUUGCGGAGGCACGAGCAGUUGAGCCACUGAGAAGAAGGGACGACCGCAGAUUAUUUGGAAGCAAGCUCAGAAUCGUCGCG